UCAAAAAAAGAAAAAAAAUGAAAAUGGAGGCAAGUAACGCCUCCGCACAGAGCUCGUCGUCUUGUGUCAAUUGUCAGUCAGCAGUCGUCACUUCUCAACUGCAAAGCUGUAACGCCUCUCUCUCUCUCUCUGGGCUUAGAAUGGAAUAGAAGAGAAGAGAAGCCAACCGAAGCAGCAGCUCACCUCUUCUUUAAUCGUUAUGGCAACAGAAAAGAUGCAUCGUUGCCUAGGAAGAACCAAUAAUGAUAGCCAAAAAUUAUCAAUCAGAAGAAAAUUUAAAGAAAAGAAUAGUUUGCGGACAUCCUUAGAGGAUUGGGAAGCGGCUUCUGUCGCACGGAGGAACUUUAACCAUAGGUCUGCUUUCCUUACAUUGCUUUCCCUUGAACCUGACGACAGUUUGAGGAUUGUUGCACUACCAUUGCAUUGCCCGGUCAGUACGAAUUUCUCAGGAUCUGGUGCUCGGGUGAAUAUGGAUAGUUUGCGUCUGUUCUAUACAAAAGGAGUGAAGGUUAUUAGUCCAAAGGUGCAGCAAGGUUCUCCGCUUGCUGGUUCUUAUUGUGGCAAAUCAUUUACGAAUAGCCGCUUUGCUGUCUCAACUGUGAGACACCAAUCUCGAAAUAAAGAAUUGGCAUAUGAAGCUACUAAAUCGAAUGAGCUUUCCAGGGAAUCUUGUCAGAAGUCAUUGACCUGCAGUGCUUCCUCAAGUAUGAUUGCAACUGGUUCUAAUUCUAACAACUUGUCAGAUACAGUUGGUGGUAGCGAAAAAGUUGACAAUGUAAAGAGAAAAUCAAGAAAGAAGGGGAAAAAGGGCAAGAAGCUUUCAGGCACCAGUAGCUCCACUGGACCUCACAUGCUGUCAGUAGAAUGUGCUGAUGAAAGUUCAGCUUCCGAAACCUGUGGUAACAGUGGCGGGAGUGGGCACUGUGGGCCAGUAUCACUUUCAACUACCCCAGAAGUUUCAUUGCCUGAGAGUGGGGUCAAGAAUGAAUCCCCAAAAUCAUGCAUCUCUCAUCAAGAUGAGCUGGAAGUGUAUAUACCUUCUGUGGGUUAUUUGGGACAUCAGAGUGUACUCCAAGAUUCUGAGUUUCCCAUCGAAGAUUGGGUAGGGAGUAUCCCUCGUAUACAAAUGAGUCAUUGUAAUGAUCUCCAUACCGGAGGUUACUCUGAUAUGCAUGACUCUUUUGUUUCGGAUUCAAUUUCAGUUGGUUCAAACUGUGAUGAUAAUGACAGUGAUGGUCAUGAUGAAAAACAUGCUGAGAAGGAAAUUCACAGAUUAUAUGAACCAUCAGGUUUCAGUUCCAGAAAGGGAUAUUUUUCCUGUCAAAGCUUGUUGAAUGAUGUUGUAAAAAUCCAUGACAGUAGUGAGAGAACCAGGCAUGGUAUUCCAAAGAGAGCGGAUAAAAUGGAACUAAAAGAUAGGGUUUCCAAGGAGUUAGAAAGAGAAGGUGAAUCAAAUCUGCUUCAGGUGCAGUACCUUCCUCAUUUACUUUGUAAGGCAGGAAUUCAAGUACAGAAAGAAACCUCACUUGCCGAAAGCAGCAGGGUAAAUCCCAGUUCUGGAUCUCUAAACCACAAGUUGGUGCCCAUUGAGUUAAAGGAUCCAGUGACAAGCUCUACUUCCAGUUUAGCUGAUGUACAUUCGGAUAAGCCAGCUGAUAAGAGAUGGACUCCCACAGAUGCUGCUAAAGGGAUUACUGAAAAUAAUAGUUCUGAAGAAGCAGUAGUCUGUGUCGGUCAGAGUUCUGGAGACGUAACUUGUAAUUCCGAUAAAACUGAGGACAUGCUUCUAAAAUUAGGGUAUCAGGAUGCAAGCACAAUUGAAGAGCUAAAAGACAAGCUUAAUGCAGCUAAAUGCAUGAAUUUUGAAUCUAAAGAUCUGAAUGCAGUUGAACCUGAGUCAAACAGAAUAAUAGAAGCAGUGAAUAAUGCAUGCAGGGCACAACUGGCAUCUGAAGCUGUUCAAAUGUUCACUGGUGGUCCAAUUGCUGAAUUUGAAAGACUUCUUUAUCAUUCAUCCCCAGUUGUUCAUGAAUCACCCAAUUUUAUAAGGUGUCAAACUUGCUCACGGAACCAGGUACCAAGAUUGCCAGUUUGCAGACAUGAGACAACUAACAUCUCUUUAGGAUGCCUAUGGAAGUGGUAUCAGAGAAGUGGGAGUUAUGGAUUGGAAAUAAGGGCAGAGGAAUUUGGAAAUUCAAAGGGACUGGGUGCUGAUCGUUGUGCAUUUCAUGCUUAUUUUGCUCCUUACUUGUCAGCGAUUCAGCUUUUCCGGAGCUGUAGGAGUGAUUCAGUCUGUAAUGCAGUCUCUAUAAACGAGCUGUGUAUUUCGAAACAAUCUUCAGCUCCAGCCAACAAUCCUGUCCAGUUAACUGAUACAACGAGGUCAAGUGACUUGGAGCUGCUUUUUGAAUAUUUUGAGUCUGAACAGCCUCAGCAGAGACAACCUUUGUAUGACAAGAUAAAGGAACUGAUUAGAGGUGAUCAACCAUCAUAUUCAAAUGUUUAUGGAGAUCCAACUACUCUAGAAACGAUAAAUCUAAAUGAUCUCCAUCCCAGAUCCUGGUAUUCAGUGGCAUGGUAUCCUAUUUACAGGAUACCUCAUGGAAACUUGCGUGCGGCCUUCUUGACUUACCAUUCUCUUGGUCAUUUGGUCUGUAGAAGUGCCAAUUUUGAGUCUCCAAGUGUGGAUGCAUGUAUAGUAUCUCCAGUUGUGGGUCUUCAGAGUUACAAUGCUCAGGAUGAAUGCUGGUUCCAGCCAAGGCACUCGGGACGGAGGCAGACAACUGUAACACCAGGGCCAGGCUUAAACUGUUAUAAUGGAGUCUUGGAGGAGCGUUUGAGAACACUUGAGGAAACGGCAUCUCUUAUGGCAAGAGCUGUUGUGAAGAAAGGAAGUAUGACAUCUGUAAACAGGCAUCCAGACUAUGAGUUCUUCCUUUCUAGGCGUCGCUAGCUGGUGGCAGUGCAGAUCUUCGUUUUAACAAAUCAUUCAGUGGUAUUCAAUUUCCUACUGAGAUAUGCUAUAUUGGGAUAGCAUCAAACCUCAUGCAGGGAGACAGGUAAUUUAUGUACCUUUAAUUAUAAGUUAUAAGCUAGUUCCAUAUGUACAUAAAGCUUUUCCUUCCAGCAUUUGAGUGACUAAAAUAAAAAAUAAUGCAACUCUCUCGAGUGCUUUAGAAGAUCAUGAAAUUUUAUCUGUUAAUGCAAAUGUAAAUGUGUAGUUCACUUUCAAGUUUCAACACAGUUUCUGCUAGUCUACUAAAGAAAUUUCGGAGAUAAAUGA